UUUCAACCUUUUUUCCCACUCUCUCUGGCUUUGUUUCUCUUCCUCAUCUUCUCCCAAGCUAGGGUUACUCUUCUUCUUCCUUCUCUCUCUGGGCUUUUACAUUCCUCUUUCUUGGGUUUUUAGGGUUCCUGAAACUCUUGCAGUCAUUUGAUUUUUUGGUUGGUAUCUUUUUCCUUUGGAUAUGGAUCUGUGAUUUUUCAUUAAAAGCAAAGUUCUCAAAUGGAUACUCGUAAAAGAGGAAGACGUGAAGCUGGGUUUAAUGCUAAUGGCGGCAUCAAGAAAUCUAAGCCAGAAAUGGAAUCUUUAUCAACUGGUGUAGGAAGCAAAUCGAAGCCUUGCACCAAAUUUUUCAGUACUGCUGGUUGUCAAUUUGGUGAGAGCUGCCAUUUCCUGCACUAUGUUCCUGGAGGUUACAAUGCGGUGGCCCAGAUGAUGAACCUUGCACCAGCUGUUCCACCGGCUUCUAGAAAUGUGACAGCAACAGCUGCAGUCCCGCAUGGAUCUGGCUCCCAAGUCAAAACUCGCUUAUGCAACAAAUUUAGUGGCCCUGAAGGUUGUAAGUAUGGUGACAAAUGUCAUUUUGCACAUGGAGAGUGGGAACUUGGCAAGCCUAUUGCUCCAUCUCAAGAUGAUCCCCGUUCCAUGGCACCUCUUCCUGGUCGUAUGGGCAGUCGGAUGGAACCACCGCCCCCAUCAGGUCCUGCUGCUACAUUUGGUGCUUCAGCAACUGCAAAAAUUAGUGUGGAUGCUUCCCUUGCAGGAGCCAUCAUAGGGAAAGGUGGUGUGCACUCGAAACAGAUAUGUCGUCAAACAGGAGCAAAGCUAUCUAUUCGGGAGCAUGAGUCAGAUCCAUCACUUAGGAACAUCGAGCUUGAAGGAUCAUUUGAGCAAAUUAAAGAAGCGAGUGCAAUGGUUAGAGAACUAAUCAGCAGCCUAGGUCCGGUUCCAGGUCCUGCCAAAACACCUGGUGCGCAUGGUGGUCAAGGGCAUCCAGGAAGCAACUACAAAACGAAGUUGUGCGACAAUUUUGCAAAGGGAAGUUGCACGUUUGGAGAAAGAUGUCACUUUGCACAUGGUGCAGCGGAGUUGCGGAAGUCAGUAGUGUGAGGGCUUGCAUUGGUUACUAGUGCAUUCCAAGUAGUUAAUAGCAGGAGAUUCAUGUAAUGAAGUGUUGUAUCAGAUAGAGCCCUUGUUUAACAUGCUAGCCGUUGAAUUGCUGUGUUUUUACUGUUUGAGUUUUUUACUUAAUUAGUCUCUUACUUCAUGACUCUCAGGUUUGGUAUCCGCAAUUUUUCAGUAUCUAAUGUUGUUUUGUAAGCGUUUUGAUUGGUAGGCCAAAUAAUCCAAGUUUAUGCGUUGAAGUCCUUUUUUUUA